GAAAAGAAAAUUUUUUGUCUCAAAGGUCCGCAGUUGAACACGGUCAAUGACUUCUGGAGGAUGAUAGUUGAGGUAGGCGUUGAAGUCGUCGUGAUGCUGACUCCACUGGAAGAGAAUGGAAAAGUAAAAUGCCAGAAAUACUGGUCAGACAAAGAAACGCUGAAUAUUAACAUUCUGGAAGGUAGUGGCAGUGAAGACUUCCUCCUCAUUACACUGAAGGGACUUCAAAACUCUCAAGAACUGACAGUGACUCACCUCAAAUACAACAGCUGGCCCGACCUGAACGUGCCAGAAAAUGUCGGCAGCCUCCUCAACUUCCAGCACGUUAUGCAGACCCUGGUUAACAAGAUCAACAGCGGACACUCUUCGACAAAGGUCCUCACACAUUGCAGUGCCGGGGUAGGCCGUACGGGGACCUUCAUCGCCCUGGACCACCUCAUCAGGCAGGCUGUCGAUGUUGAGGCUGUUGAUGUCUACAAGUGUCUCAAGUUAUUGAGAUCCUAUCGAAAUCACAUGAUUCAGGCCGUGGUAUGUGUUAAUGUGUGUGUGUGUGUGUGUGUGUGUGUGUGA